AUGUCUGGAAGCACAGCCGCCAGCGCGGGCAUGGCCGCCCUCGAAAAGCGCGACUACGACCUCGCCAUCUCCAAGCUUACAGACGCCCUCAAGACCUCGCGCUCCCCUCUCUGGCUCGCCGCCCGAUCCAAGGCCCACAUUGGCAAAGGCGAUUUCGCCCGCGCCCUCCGCGACGCAGACUUCUCCUAUGCCGCCGCCGCCGCUCGAGGCAAGCGCGACCUCAUGCGCGAUGCUCAACACCGCCGUGCCGUUGCCUACAUGCGCCUCGGCCGCCUCGCCGAUGCCGACGCCUGCGCGAUGUGGGUGCAGCGCAUGGCCGAGCAGGCUGGCGUCUCGCUGUCCGACGCGGCCCUUAGGAAGCCCGAGACCGACGAGAGAGGCUUCUCCACCGCCACAAAGCAGACUACCUUGGAUUACAGAGCGGAUAUAGAGCGCAAGAAGCUGGCCCUCGGGAGCAGCUAUCUCGCGGACACAGCGCCUGCCGGCCUCAAUGCGGCGGUUGCGUUGCGUAUGCAGAUUCUGGGGCAGAUGGACAAGCUCCCUGCGGACGAUGAGAGAAGGAAGGUGACGGCCUCUUUCGCGCCUAACGUUUCGAUCGAUGACUUUGAGAAGGAGGAGGCGGCGGCUGCGACCGCCAAGACUGACAAGGCUGCGGACACAAAGGCCUCGCAGGAGGAUAAGGACGAGGUCAAGGCCGCUGCGGCCGAGUCGGUCAGAAAGCCUGCCGUCCAAGCUGACGUGCGUACGGACUUCUAUCAGACCAACACCGACGUCAUGGCGUCCGUCUAUGUCAAGAAUGUCCCUAAGGACGAGUUCAAGGUUGAGUAUGGAGAGAAGGAGAUUCGUAUGAGCCACAUCCCAGGCCACGAACCUUGGUACACCAUCCCUCUCUACGGCCCUAUCGACCCCGCCGGCAGCAAGCACAGCGUCAAGUCUGUCAAGGUCGAGUUCCAGCUGAAGAAAGCUGCCGUCCUUAAGUGGCCCAAGCUCAAAGCCGACCCCUCCGAUGUGAACACCACAACCACGACGCCGACCCCUGCCGCUACUGCGAAGCCUGUCGAGCCCGCCCCUGCUCCCGCUGCGGCUCCAUCCUACCCGACCUCAUCCAAGUCCGGCGCCAAGAACUGGGACACAGUACUGGCUGACGAGAAGGACGAUGAUGAGGACAAGGACAUCAACCUGUUCUUCAAGAGCCUGUACAAGGGCGCGAACCCGGAGCAGCAGCGCGCCAUGAUGAAGAGCUUCACCGAGAGCAACGGCACCGCUCUGAGCACCGACUGGAACGACGUCAAGGACCGCACCGUCGAGACGCAGCCCCCCGAGGGCGUUGAGGCCAAGAAGUGGGAAGCUUAG